CAACUUCACCCAGAGCCAGGUGUUCCAGUUUCAGUUUCGGUUCAAGUGUUGCUCCGUGCCUAAUCCUCAGCCAAGUUCCAAAUUCGAAUCAAAAUCCGAAUCAAUCCAUCAUCAUCAUGUUGACUGCCUGCCAAGUUGCCUGCUUCGUUGGAUGCCUCGCUCUGGUAUUAAGCUGUGUCCAGGCGCAGUUUUAUUACAAUCAGGCAUUGGGUUUGCCUGCAACACACUCGUUUGAGCCGGCCAAUCCGUAUCAGGGCUAUGCCACAGCCGAUGCACAUCCCUCGGUGGUGCGCAAUGCGCAAUGGGAAUCGGAGCUGCCUGCCGAGCUGUCGAAGAGUGCGCGAUUCUACAAUGAUCCAGUCAUCGCAGCCAAUCUGGCCAAGGCGUCGCUUCUCACCACAAGGGAAAUGGCGGUGGUGCAUCGCGAGGCGGAGAAAAUUCCACGGGAUCAGGUCUAUAAACUAUUCAAGAAUGCUGGCUAUCUGAGUCGCAGAUAAAUAGACUCUGCUGCGAUGAAUGGAGUUCCGUUUCCCACGUGCCUUGUUGUAUUUUAGUUUAUAAAUUGUUAAUAUAUUGUACAUACACACAGAUUAAACAU